AUGACACUCACCGAUCUCGAGGCUAAAAUGCUGAAGACAGCCCAGCAGCAAAUCGGGCUCCAAGCAAGGGAAGUUACUCGCCUCGAGGAGAUGAUGGAGCGGAAACGGUCAAAUGCCGAAACUCUCUCACUCAAGACCGCCAAAGCCCUCGAGGCACUGAAUGCAACCAAAGAGAAUCUAUCCCAUAUCGAGAGCAUCGUCACGCGGCUUGAGAACUACGAAAGCUCGCUCAGUGCCCACCGACAGAAGGCCGAGGCCAAGACGCAACUCCUCGGACAGGGCAAGGACCCGUCCCUGGCCCGGGAAGUGACGUCCUUUGAGCACCUCGAGAUCGUGACGGAGCAGCACCAGGAGGUCACUAGGGACCUCGUCCGCGCCCGCGCGCAACGCUCUCUGCUGGUGCGUGAUCAUCAGGCGGUCGAGGCGAAUUACCGCUACGUUUUGCAUGACCAGAUGGUGCACUCGGAGAUAAUUAAGGGUUUUGAAGACAAUCUGAGGGAAUCUUGGAACAGGUACCGGGCUCUUUUGGUGGUUGUUGAUGCUGAUAAUCUGGCUGGGUACGAGAGUGGACAAGACAAGAUCCGGAGGGAUGGUGACGCCACUGUGGUGUGUGUCGCGUCUCAUAUCCAUGAGUUGGUCACUUCUCCUGACCCAGUCGCUCCAAUGCAACAUCUCUGGGUGUUGGGGUGA